CUCUUCUCUCUCUAGAAACCCAUCAAAACUUUUACAAAAGAGGGAGCAACUGAACAACAAUGGUGUUCCCCUCCAUUCCAUCUUAUCUUGAUCCAACCCAUCAAUGGCAUCAGCAGCAGCAAGCGGCGGCUGCCCAUCAAUCCGGCAGUGGUAUCACCGGAGCCACUAGUUUUCAGCUCCUUUCGCACCCGUUGCCGUUGCCGCCGCCGCCGCGAGCUGGCAGCGGAGCAGGGUCGGGCACGGUAACGGUCAGGCCUGGGUCGAUGGCGGAUCGGGCCCGAAUGGCGAACCUGCCGGCGCCGGAGACGGCGCUGAAGUGCCCAAGAUGUGAAUCAACAAACACUAAAUUUUGUUACUUCAAUAAUUACAGCCUGUCUCAACCCCGCCACUUCUGCAAGACCUGCCGCCGCUACUGGACCAGAGGCGGCGCUCUCCGGAGCGUCCCCGUCGGCGGCGGCUACCGCCGGAAUAAUAAAAGAAACAAAAGUAGUAGCUCUAAAUCUCCGGUUAACUCUCAAUGCCAACCUAAUUCUGAGCUUUCAGCAGGAGAUCAGGCCAUGAGAUUAAAUUACAGAGCCAUUUCCACCCCAAAUGAAGAAGCUGGAGAUUCAACUCAUCCCAUUGGGAUCUCCAACCUUUUAGGGUUUGAUCAAAUGAUCCAAUGGCGUCCGCAGCUUCAGCUUCAGCACACGCAGCUGUCGCCGUUGUUGUCGACGUCGUCAGCUYGGUUGCUCGGAAAUGGCACCAACGUAUCGUCGAGCUAUAACAUCGGGCAGAUUCAGAAGAAGAUGGAAGCGACGAAAAUGGAAGAAAAUGGACAACAAGUUAAUGAUCAGGGGAAGCCAUUUUGGGGAGUUCUUGCAGGAAAUAAUGAUCGCCAUUACUGGAGUACUGGUUUUAAUCCUCCAUCUUCUUCCCAUUCACAAGUAUGAGAGUAAGUUUUUGAUGAUCUUAAUCAAUUUAUGGAAGCUUAAGUUUGGUUUUUUUUUUUAGCAAACUAGGGUUUCAUGUGGUGAAGAACUCUCUUAAUUAAGAUGAGGAUAUGAUUCAAUUAACGUUUUAGAUUGUGUUUUUUUAAAUGUAACAUUUCCUCACAAAAGAUCUCGAGGGUAGAUCUCUUGUGAGGAGAUGGUAAUGUUUUUAUU